AUGCCAAAAUGGGCUAUUUGUUUGAUUGGCCACGCAUUGCGGCGUCUAGCCAGUAUCGAAAUGACGUUGGCGCUUCUGUCGGCAACGGGUGUCGGGAAAGCGGUGAAUCAGCUGAGAAAUGACGAAACACAUGGCCCGGAAGCGCUUCGUAUCGUCCAAAAAUGGAAGGACAUGGCACGCAGCUGCGGCCUCAAACCGAAAAGGAAACGAUCCCGUUCGCCUAGUUCGGAGCACGAAAAGAGUUCACCGGUGAAGUUGAAAAAGAAAAACAGUCACAGCGAAGACAGCGGAACAGGAAGCAGUAACGAGGGGACACGAAAAGAUGCGCGAGAGGGUGCUUCGUGCUCGGGCGUGAGUUUCGCAGAAAUGCUAGCACGAGCUGACACUGCUAAACCAUUUAAACCAAAGAAAUUCAAGGUGGACAAUAACCAUUGGAAAUCGUCAAAAGUUGAUGCUAAUUACAAGCCUUCAAAAGUGCUUAACUUUGAGCCAACCCCAAAGGAACGUCAAAGUGGCAUAACGGUGCAUAAAAUCUAUGCUGGUCGUCCGAAAGGUGAUUUGCUGAAGGAAGUGCCCACGCUACAAAAUCUCUGUGUAAAAGUAUUGAUUGCUAAUAUUGACGCGAUCUAUGAGGUCGGUGAUACGCCGUAUUUUCUGCUCAAACCGGUUCUGGAAAAGUGUUCUGUGGACCAGUUGACAUUGAUCGAGAAACGGAAUCCGGUGAGUAUUUCAAGUUCAGCACUUUUAUAG